UACAUUACAUAAUCAUCCCCUUACAUCCCUCCUUUCCUCUGCGUUAGAUUGUCACUCCACCAUCAAAUUUGUUCCUCACCUUCCCUCUCCCUCCUUCUCUCUCUCUCUCUCUCCCUCUCAGUUUCUUUCCCUCAGUUUGUCUCUCUGGCAUCCGCCCACAUUGGACAGACCAAACACCCAAACCACCGUCUAAUUGUAUUUCAUCAGCAUUUCCUCUCAGCUCGCAGACACCACCAGCAGCUGGCUGACAACGUGGCUGUGCAAUGACAACGCUCAAGGUGCUGCAUUUACCGGUCUUCCUGCUUGUCCUCCAAGUGCGUCUUUCUGCUCCAUUAGAGGACAACAAGAUCCCUCCCAGUCUGUGCACGGGCCAGCCUGGCAUCCCGGGCUCCCCCGGAGUUCACGGUAGCCCCGGUCAGCCCGGGAGAGACGGACGGGAUGGAAGGGAUUCUGCUCCGGGGGAGAAAGGGGAAAAGGGGGACAUGGGUGCUCCAGGUCAGACGGGUGAGCAAGGCCUGAAUGGAGACAAGGGUGACCCUGGAGAGCGAGGGCAGAAGGGCGACGCGGGCCAAUGCGCCGUAGCCCCCAAAUCGGCCUUCAGCGCCAAAGUGUCCGAAGGUCGCGACUUGCCCCUCCCCGCAGGCGACGCGGUGGUCUUCGACAAGAUCCUCCUCAACCAGCAGGGCGACUACAACUCGGAGACAGGCCGCUUCACGUGCAAAGUCCCCGGCGUGUACUACUUUGCCGUCCACGCCACCGUGUAUCGCACCAGCUUGCAGUUUGACCUCAUGAAAAAUGGACACGCCGCAGCUUCCUAUUUCCAGUUUUUCGGCAACUGGCCCAAACCGGUGUCGUUGUCGGGCGGGACCCUGCUCCAUCUGGUUCCGGGGGACCAGGUGUGGAUCCAGAUGACUCUGGGGGAAUACAAUGGAAUUUACUCCAGCACAAAGACAGACAGUACCUUCACUGGCUUCCUGGUGUACUCGGACUGGAAAAACUCUGCGGUGUUUGCAUGAGCGUGUCAGACCUUGCGUAAGGAAACUAACCACACGAUGACCUAUUCAAGGCGUUCCUAAGAAGACAUUUUAGAGGCAGACGAGACACGCAUACAUUGUUGUUGUGUAAUGAGGAAAAGAAAAUGUCACAAUGGGCACAUACUCAACUGCACCUGUUUUUUUUGGUGUUUUUUUUAGCAUCGACGUUACUCUCGUCAGCGAAAAGGUUUUAUGUGCUGAAGCACAAUUCGACACCGGACGGCUGUCAAAGCGGAUGCACAAAUACUCGGGAUGUGCAUCUCUCCAAUAAAAAAAAAAACAGUGCAAGGCACUGAUGCAAAGGCAGUUGAUUUUCAAGUGCAAUACUCAAUUUGGUUCGAUUCAGUACGAUGACGAUAUCCUUUGAUAAGGUACGGCUCAUUUUAAAGGGUUUGAUUCAAAGAGGGGGUUUUUUUUGCAAUCACUUUAAAAUGUCAAGAAAUAAAUAUUGAAAAAACCUUUGACAAAAAUGUAAUAGCCCUUCAUACUGGACACCGCAGGUGGCGAAAGUAGAAAUACGGUAUAUGUGUAAAGAAAAAAAACGAGUAAAGUUCAAAUGUUAAAUUGCUACUUCUAGGUUAAAGUUUAGCGAUUCUGAAAUAGAAAAAAAACGCUGCAAUAUUGCAUGUUCUUGAAGAGAUUGCAUCUUUUGGCACGGCUUUUAUGCUGUCAAAAACAAUGCCUUGCAUAGCUUUGUUGAUGUGAAUAGUCAUACUAACUGCCUUAAGAAAUUUUGCAGGUCCACCCAUAUUGUUAUGGAAGAAAAUGAUUUGAGUUUGUAAGCUCAACUGACAGAACAACUUUAACCUGUGAUACCGAAAACUGGAUCAACUUCCCAAAUUAUGCCAUUUUGGCGAAUUCACAGUGUUCCUUUGGCAUCCACCCAAAUUAAUUCAGCCAGAACACUUCAAAAAGGAUCCAAAUUAAACAUGACAUUCAUUUAAGUGGUUCUCUGGCAUGAACUCUGCAUGAACAAGACAUAGCAGUGCGUGAAUGAUGAAGCUACAGUCCCAAGAGCAAAUUUUCAUGCGGCAAUUCCAUCGCUCCAAUCCAACGCUCCACUCUGUGCUUUUUAUUCCCCGAACCUGACCAAAGUAAACACAUUCCACUGGAUCCA